AUCCAGCCAAUCUCGUUGGAAAUCCGCCUGAGUUCACUGCCAACGUGGACUACACGUGGACGAAUUAAUCCACCUCAGCUAUAUCGUCUAUAAAUACACCAUCCACGCAUGUUCUCCUUCAUUUUUCACACAAAAAUCGGCAAAAAUUCGAACAAAAAAAAAAGCCCUAAUAUUCUAGCAGAAACCCUAGAUUUCGAAAGCCUUCUUGUUCGGUACAACCUUCAAGAAAUUCGACUUAAGAGUGAAACUCUAACGACUUAACGAGAUGUCUUACAACACAAAUAAUCCAAAUUGCCGUUGUGGGUUGCGAGCUGAAAUUCGCACUUCGUGGAAAACUCCAAAUUGUGGAAGAAGAUAUUUCUCGUGCCUCCAUUGGCCUGGAGGAGGAUGCAAGUAUUUUGGAUGGGUCGAUCCUCCUCUUUGUGCCCGUGCUCAACAAAUAAUUCCUGGGUUGCUCAGGAGAUUGAAUGAAAUGAAAGAAUCAAGUAAGAGUGCUGACAUUGAAAAAUUCGAGGUUCUGAAGUUUGAAGAAGAAAACAAGAAAUUGAAGAAACUCAAUUUUCAAUUUGAAGAAAAAAACAAGAAGUUGAAGAAACUCAAUAUUGAGUUUGAAGAAGAAAACAAGAAACUAAAUGCAGAAAUUCUGAAAUUGAAGAGUGAGACUGCAAAAAAAAAAUUAUUGAUAAUUUGGAGUUUGGUGUUUUUCUUUUGUGGCUCUCAGACAGAUGAUGAAAAGAUGUUGAAUAACUGAUAUUAGGUUGCUGCAUAUUUGUAAUGUAGUUGACAUUGUUGUAUUUGGUUGUAAGUUGAUAUUGUAAUGGCAUAAAAAAUGUUAGUUUGUGGCAUAUUUGUGCUUUG